AUGAUAGCCGAUAUUAAUCCUAGACACAACAGAUUUGGAGAAGAUCCAAUUUAUGUAGAGGUCGAUAAAAAUGACCAUAUCUACUGUGAUCUUAAAUCUAUAUCUGAGACCAUAAACCCUCUAGAUCUAUUUACUGCUCUUUUCCACUGUGCAGAUCCUUUCCUCAGACAGAAAAUGGUCUCCAAAAUGUCUGUAUGCCAAUUUGCUGUUCCUUUGCUGUUGCCAAACUGUGAUACGCAGCAGAGCACUCUGAUGCUGUGGGCCAUGCGAGAUCUAGUUAAAAAGUUCAGACCUUACUCUCCAGCGGGUAACAGGGCAUUUGUGAAGGGCAGGGUCGUAGACAUGGACAUUCCCACGGUGUCUUUUGUUAGACUAGGAGAGAGCAGCUUGACCAAAUCUCAGACCCUUAACAAGUUGCUCAGUAGUCUUAGUCAGCCAAUCGACACAUUUGUUCAUCGUGAUAUGGAGUGUGGUGAUGUGCCCAGGAGAAUCUCAGAUGGCCUGGUUGAAGUCAGCUGGUAUCUGCCUUGUGGGAAUGCAAAGAUCGACCUGUUCAGAGAGCCCGUCGCCAUGGCCAACCUAAGAGGAGAUGGCAAGUUGUUCAAGACACAGAUGUCUUUCCUGUCUCAGACCUCAGCGGCCAUUUUUAUCUUCAGUGAUGACCCAGAGGGCGACUUCUCCGCUUUGACCAACACAGACAGCAAAGCAGAACUGUUCCUGGUAACCAGCUCUCCGGGUGCCAAGGAUAUUUGCAGGAAACUCAAUAUCAAGGAGACAAAUGCCGUCAUCAAGAACAGACAAAAUGAUGAAGAGUUUGUGAAGACCCUUCGAUUAUAUGUGAGUAGAGUCACUGAAAAGAAAUGGAUGAAGAUUGCGGACAUGGCUGCUCCUGCUCGUCAAGCUGGAAUUCAUGUUGAUGAGGACUGCAGAGACUGUGUGAAGGGUAGAGAUUACGCAGAAGCAAUCAGUAGCACCGUUAAGGAUGUUGCACAGUUCAAAGAGGACCAGUUACCUUUGCAUGGACAGAUGUGGCAGGAAAUUAGCCAAACCCAGGAAGAAAUGUACAGCAUGAAAAAUGUAGACAGGGAGCAAAAUAUAAAGCAGUACAAGCUUUCACUCCAGAGCAAAAUGUAUAAUUUCAGAAAGAAGCAGUAUCAGACAGAUAUUUCUGAGGCCAUGACCAACUUCACAGCUGGAAUAUCCCAGUCUAAAACAGUGCGUCUCUACUUUCUAAAGUGGCUGAAGAUUAAGUUGGACCAUAUUUGUCAUCAGAAUCCUGAGCAACGGAGCACAUACAGUCACAGAUCAUCACGAGACAAGGAGGCAGAUGCAGGAUUCCCCAAGCACUUGUUGGGUCCUGAACACUUCUUCCGUGAGCUGGGCCAGCUUUAUGAGUGUGCUUGCUCCCUUCCAGACAAUAACCAAGCUAGACAACAAGUCCAGCACCUUCCUCCUCUGUGUGCUCAGAUCCUGCUGGAUGGGUUUCCAGUUGAGCUCGUUGAUGGAGAUGCAUCAAACAUCCCAAUGAAGUGGAUAUCAGAGGUCCUGAAUCAGCUGCAUAAGCUGGUCGCCACCAAAAGCAGGAUCCAGGUGUUGUCUGUGCUAGGGCCACAAGGCUCUGGGAAGUCCACCCUACUCAACACCAUGUUUGGAGCGCAGUUUGACACCAGCAGUGGAAGAUGCACCAGAGGAGCCUUCAUGCAGCUAAUUAGAGUAUCUGAUGAAGUCCAAAUUGAGUUCAAGUGUGACUUCAUCAUGAUUAUCAACACAGAGGGCUUAAAAUCACUGGCAUCAUUGGACGCAAGUUACAAACACGACAAUGAACUAGCGACACUUGUCAUAGGGCUCAGUGACAUCACCCUUAUCAAUGUUUCAACGGAAAACAUUACGGAGAUGACAGACAUUCUGCAGAUUGUGGUCCAUGCCUUUCUUAGGAUGAAGGAGGUUCUGAAGAAGCCCAGAUGUCUGUUUGUGCAUCAGAAUGUGACGGACAUGUCUUUUCGUGACAACAACAUGAGAGACCGGAAAAAACUUGAGGAGCAACUGAACGACAUCACCAGGACAGCAGCUAAAAUUGAGAAUAAGGACUGCAAUACAAAAUUCUCCGAUGUGAUGCACUUUGUGCCUGACAGAGACAGCUACUAUAUUCCUGGACUUUGGCUUGGAACACCCCCAAUGGCCCAAGUAAAUGCCCGCUACAGCAAAGCUGUCUUUGAACUCAAGAAGAGCUUGAUUGGUUCCUUACGAACACCUCCUGACAUUGAGAGGAAGGAUGCAAGAGCAUUCACCAAGUGCACAGAAGAUUUAUUGAAAGUGGUGAAGUUUGAGAACUUCCUCUUUAAUUUCAAGAAUAGUUCUGGACCAAGUCUGCAAGGUGUGGAUGAUGAGUGGGACUUCCAAGGAAUAUGA